CAGUUAAGUUUCCUAGACCCUGAGCUGCUGAGCAUCUUUUAUCUUUAAUCGUCAAGCUUUUCGACGAUUAUGGCGUUGGCUCUCUCUGCAUUUCGGGUUUCGAUAUCAAGAAUUAGUCCUUUCCGUGAUAGCCGGUUCUCUUAUCCCGCCACGUUCGCUUUAGCUCAUACCAAACGAAUUAUGUGCAACUCUUCGCACUCUGUAUCGUCAUCUCCUUCUCCCUCUGACAUUUCUUCUUCUUCUUCUUCUUCUUCUUCAUCUUCUACUUUUUCGUUAAUGGAAACAAGUAAAAUUGCAAGGUGGAGACCCAUGUGUUUGUAUUACACUCACGGGAAGUGCACAAAGAUGGAUGAUCCUACCCAUUUGGAAAUUUUCAACCAUGAUUGUUCCAAGGAACUUCCAGUGACUGCAGCCGAUCUUGAGAGAAAGAAGUCACAAGGUUUCAACUUUUUCUUGGUUAUCGACUUGGAAGGAAAAGUUGAGAUUCUUGAGUUUCCUGUUCUAAUCGUAGAUGCCAAAACCAUGGAAGUCGUAGACUUGUUCCACAGGUUUGUAAGACCCACAAAAAUGAGAGAGCAAGCAAUUAACAAAUACAUCGAAGGCAAGUAUGGGGAACUCGGUGUUGAUCGUGUGUGGCAUGAGACAGCUAUCCCAUUUAAGCAAGUUGUUGAGGAAUUUGAAGCUUGGUUAGCUGGGCAUGGCUUGUGGGAUAAAGGUACAGAUGGGGAUCUGAACAAUGCAGCUUUUGUAACCUGUGGAAACUGGGAUAUAAAGACAAAGAUUCCUGAGCAAUGCGUAGUUUCAAAUAUCAAUCUUCCGCCAUAUUUUAUGGAGUGGAUCAAUCUCAAAGACGUCUACUUGAAUUUCUACGGCCGUGAGGCCAGAGGAAUGGUUUCAAUGAUGAAGCAGUGUGGUAUAAAGCUCAUGGGAAGUCACCAUCUGGGCAUUGAUGACACAAAGAACAUCACGAGGGUGGUGCAACGGAUGCUCUCAGAAGGUGCAGUUCUCAAGAUCACAGCUCGAAGGAGCAAAUCCAAUACGAGAAACGUCGAGUUUCUGUUCAAGAACAGGAUCAAGUAACAUCUCAAGCAAAAAUGAAGAACCCAACAAGCUUCAUGAUUUAUAAAUUAGUUACUUAGUUAAGUCUUUCGAGUUUUAAGAUGAUGGCUCUAAGAAGACAACAUGGUUAACCCUAAAUGUAAUGUGGUGAGAGGUUCUGUAGAUUUCCAUUUUUAAGAGCUAUGGUUUGCAAAGACAACAUUUUAUUUCUGUAGGAUUAUCUGAUAGAUGAGUGUUAUCUAAUACUAUCUAAUAAGAUCUAUAAAUCUAUUA